GGACAUAUUUUGAGAGCCCAGACCCUGCUUUUCCCUUUCACUCCCCCAUCUCUUUCUCUCAUUCAAUGCAUGGAGCUCAGAUUUGAAAGCUGGCGCGGGAGUCUCUGAGAAGGGGGAGGGACCUGCGGGGCUCACGGGCGCCACCGAGCGGCAGAGCCACGCCAUCGCAGCCAUUUGGGACUAUGAACAAAGAGAGAAAAUAUAUAAUUUUACCGAAACGAGACGGCGAAUGUUUGUUUUUGUGGCCAAAAUGCAAAGAAAAGAUUAAAAAGCAGCAGCAGGAUGUGAUGGGCUUCCUAGCGGCCAAUAAGAUCGAGUUUGAGGAGUGUGACAUUGCGGCCAACGAGGCCAACAGGAAGUGGAUGAGAGAGAAUGUCCCAGAGGAGUCCAGGCCGGCCACGGGGAACCCUCUCCCCCCACAGAUAUUCAAUGAAAUCAAAUAUUGCGGGAACUAUGAGGCCUUCUUCGAUGCCAGAGAGGACAACGCUGUGUAUGCAUUUCUAGGGCUGACUGCUCCCCCAGGCUCGAAGGAGGCCGAGGCUCUAGCAAAGAAAGCACAGCAGUAGCUUUACACCCAGUUUUACCUGAGACCUCAGGCCUAGACCCAGACCCAGACCUGGACCCAGACUGACCUGAAGCAACAUUUCACUCAACUUGUAAAUCUGUGGGAUUUUUUUUCUUUUCUAAACUCAGUAUGUUUUUUUUAUUAAUCUAUGUUCAGUUGUGCCUUGUCAGCUGUAGCGAAAGGAGGUACAAAAGCAGAGCAUUAUGGGUAUCUUAAGAACAGCUCUGCUUCCUCCCAUUAACCUCAGCCUGCUAAGCCUAUUGGCCUAAUGUCAUGUCAAUCAACCAUUAGCAUGAACGUAAACAGAAUGACAUUCUGUGUAGCUUCGACACAUCAUCAGACUCAACAAAACGUACACACUUUGAAAAUUGUAACAGACCCAUCAUUUGGCCCUCAUUACCCCAUCUAAUGUUAACAUUACAUCAUAAAGAAGUUGCUGCCAUUUAUUUAACUCAUCAGGUUUAAUCGGUACAUAGUAAUAUCAGUCUUUGUUGAAUCCUGAAAACAUUGAUGCAAAUAUUGUGCUCCUGUCAGUCACGUCAUCGCCAAAACUGCAGCACUUUCUGUAGGAGUUACAUAUUACAAUCCAAUUCUUUAUGUUUUUAUUUACUAUUAUAUUGUCUUAAUGCUGUUUUAAUAGCAAACUUUUUUCUACGAGAUGAUAUAUGUUUAAAAAUGACAAAAUUUACAAGUCUGCAAACCUUAACUGAUGUGAAAUAGUUUUUUUUUAUUUGCUGUUUUUUUCCCAUCUUUUUGUUUUGUUUAGUUAUUUAGGGGAGCUGGACAGCUGUUCCAUUUUGCUAUAAGCAUCCCGUUUCACACUGUGUCGGUAAUCCCUGUCUUACAUAAGUUGAUAUCUUCCCUAAAAUAAAAUAAAAAUAUAACUGCAAACCUGACU